UGUAGGCGGUGAAUUUAUCGGUACUGGUACUUCCUGCAAGAAGGCUGGGGACGAAAGCUCUCCACGUAUUUCUGCGGUGAGGAAAGGUACAGCGAUGAAGUGGGUUUCUUGCAUGUGACAUCAGUGGCGAAGUAUAGAAAUCCAUGGUCAAUAUCAAGAAGUUGCUCCCAUUCAAUUGCUGCCACGUCUAGAGGGUCGGGCGCACACGUUGAGAAGCUGUCUGCCUGGCAACCUGUACAUAUCUGCUUCAUUCUUUGUAUAUUCGGAUCGAAACAAUGGCGCCCAUACCCUUUCUUGGCCGUUUGAACAUAGCGGAAUACAUCGCCCUGGUGGGCUCUUUCUUUCUUGUAGGAUUGGAGGCAGUAAUUAGGAUACUUACACUUGCGCUACCUUCCACGGUAAUAACCCUAUUUUAUCGAGCUUCGAGACGAUUGUUCAAUCGAUUCACCUCCCCGGCGGCGAAGAAGUCGGAACAUAAGAAGAGUAACAUCUCGACCUCGAUACGGAAUGCUUCCGAUUUCGUUGAUCUCUGCGCAUUAUUUGGAUACUAUGCGGAGGAACAUGUAGUGCAGACUGGGGAUGGAUAUCUGCUGGGAUUACACAGGUUGGCAUGGAGGAAAGGAGAAGAAGAGCAGAAAGUCAAUCAUGGGAAGGAUAGCAUAAAGAAGGCCGUAGUCUACAUGCAUCAUGGACUGUUGAUGAACAGUGAAGUCUGGGUAUGCUUGACCGAGGAAGAAAGAUGCUUGCCGUUUAGGUUGGUAGAGAAGGGAUACGAUGUCUGGCUAGGAAACAAUAGGGGCAACAAGUACUCCAAGAAGUCGAUACACCACUCGCCGACGGAUCUACCAUUCUGGGACUUCUCAAUGGAUGAGUUUGCCUUCCACGAUAUCCCCGACAGCAUCGCAUAUAUCUUGGACACGACCUCAGCACCAUCAUUAUCUUACAUAGGAUUUUCUCAAGGAACAGCUCAAGCUUUUGCAACUCUUGCAAUACAUCCCAAGUUGAACGAUAGAGUCAAUGUCUUUAUCGCUCUAGCACCAGCUAUGUCGCCUGCCGGCCUGUCGAAUGGCAUUGUAGAUGCUCUCGUCAAAGCAUCGCCACAAGUCCUCUUCCUCCUUUUCGGACGCCGCUCGAUCCUAAGCUCAGCAACCAUGUGGCAGUCGAUCCUCUAUCCACCAAUAUUUGUCCGUACCAUCGACAUCGGACUCUCAUUUUUAUUUGGCUGGCACGCAAAAAAUAUUUCCACAAGCCAGAAGCUAGCGGCGUAUCCACAUUUGUACUCAUUUACCAGCACCAAGAGCGUAGUCCACUGGUUCCAGAUCAUCAGAACCAAGAGUUUCCAAAUGUUCGACGACGAUGUCCAACCCGUCAUGCCCCUCAGCAGUGUCAGCAAAUACACCAAAGUCGCCAAAUUCCCUACCCGGAACAUCAAGACACCUAUUGUCCUUGUCUACGGGGGUAGCGAUUCACUGGUCGAUAUCGAGGUCAUGCUCAAGGAGCUUCCUUCUCACACGGUAGCCACCGAGAUUCCCCACUAUGAACAUCUGGAUUUCCUAUGGGCUCGAGAAGUUGACACGUUAGUCUUCCCGCACGUGUUCGACGCCCUGGAAAACUUUUGCAGCACAGAACAUUCCCAAGAAGAGUAUGCGCGCUACAGAAGCGCAAGACACGCAUCUAUAAAAGCUGGUAUGGAACGACCUGCCCUGCUCAUGCAAGGCUAUCCGAGCGAUGAGGACGUUUCCGCAUCAGCUGGUAGUUAUGCCGAAGCUGCUAGCGUCCCACCGGGAGACGGAGCAGAUGCAUUAGCCAGGAGGAGAAAUGGGACAGCAACAGGAAUCUCGUUCCCGAGCCCGAACGCGAGGAAGAGAGCCAGGAUACAAGGCGACUGGGACGAUUCUUCCGAAGGAGGAGGGUCAUCACCUAUAAAUCCCAGGCAUAUUAGGACGGUGACGAUUAAUAAUGGAGAUAUCAAUGGUAUUGCCAAUGGAAGGAGUAGCCCGACAACAAGUAAGACCCCGAGAAGAGAGAGUAUCGGCAGUAAUAUCAGUAUUUCUGAGAAAAUGACCGGUGGAAAGGGCAUUACAUUAGGGGCAGGGAAGGCGGUCAGUGCUGUUUCGCAAGGCGUUACAGUGGGAAACAUGGCGGGCAGCUCGGAUGAUGCGCCAGAACGAAAGAGUAAGAAAGGGAAGAAGUGAUAUAAUAUUUGUAAUGAGUAGAUUUACCACACUUUGAAAGCGAUUCAAUCUUCCUGAAGGGGACGGACAUUGAAAAUGGAGUUGAGGUGCAUAUAUUGGCACGAUCUAGGUUAAGGCCUGCAAUCUGCAGUCUGCAGGAAAGAGUUCUGAUAUGUGUACAGACCAAAUAUACCACACUUUGAUAGCAAUUUGAUGAUCCUGAAUUAGACGGAUAUUGAGUGUAGUUUAAACGCAGACUUUGGCAUGAAGUAUACGGUCUGCACAAGAGGCUUGUGAUAUUUGUAAUAAGUAGAUAUACCACACUUUAAUAACAGCUAGGUAUUCCUGAAGUGGACGGACAUUGAGGCUGUAGCUUAAGAUGC